AUGGUGAGCUUCCUCGCGCAGGUGCUCGUUUUCGUGCACAAGCUGAUGCUCGUGCUCCUCCUCCUGGGAGUGGGCUGCCUUGGCGCGUCCAGGGUGUACGUGAUGUGUCAGAAAGGCUUCGCGCACUUCCUCGGGCUGGUGGACUCCGACCAGUGGGACCAGGACAUCGCCGCCCUGCGGCAGCGCGCCAAGGAGGCCGCGGAGCAGGCGGAGAGGACGGCCGCCCGCCGGAGGCUCCAGGGCGAGCUCGAGGCCGGGGGCGCCCUGCCCGCACGGCUGGACGUGGUCUGCGCGGGAGGGGGCCUCGAGGUCAGCUCGGAGGAGGGCCCGUCGAGGCAUCCUGCUCGGCAGGGUGCGGAUUGGGGCUGUGAUGGGUCCCUGGCAGGGGAGGCCCCGAACCAUGUGCGCAGCGGUUCGCGCAAUCGUUCGUGGGGGAUGCGCACGCCGUGCAAUAUCAGCACGCGGCUGCCACGCGCCAUGCGCCACAGGAUGAACUCUCAUCACGAGACACCCCCUGUGUCCGGAACGACAGGGCGUCCCGUCCAAUCGGAGGAAGGCGGCAGAAGCAGCACGAGGCCGCGUCCGCAGGCAGCGGUGGAAGGCCAGCGGAAGCCGGCCGAGGCGGAAGUCGGCCGCCCAAGGGAUGCAAGGUGUUGGGGAUUCGGGCGUUCUGAGGCAAGCUGCCCAGACAUGCCACGUCCUGAUUUUUUCAGGACGGCGCCCCUGGAAAUCUAG